AUGUCACCUUCUACACUCACUGGUCAGGAUACUACGGGUAUUAACGACGGAUCAAAGACGACGACUUUGGUCACAUACCUUACAGAUGCGUGGAAAUGGGGUGCUGAUAUUUUUUGCGAGUGUGAGGUUCGUUAUGUCGAGAAGGCGUCGGAUGAACUCGGCGGCUAUAUUGUCUAUUUUGUUUCACAUGACAGCCCGCGUGCCAGAUUUCAAGAUGAUAUAUACUCAGAACUGUCAUGGGUUCAUGCUGAAAACGCAGUAUUUCUCGGCGCUGGCUCUAUCGGCACAACCGAGAUCCUGCUCAGGAGCAAAGCCAUGGGCCUUUCUAUGAGCGAUUACGUCGGACAGGGUAUGAGCGGCAAUGGCGAUAUGUUGGCGUUUGGGCACAAUCCCGGUCAUGGAGCGAAGUCCUUUAGAAACCCGGAAACCCCGAACCCGACGUCUACAAACCGAGUCGGACCUACCAUCACCUCCGUCAUUGACAUGCGCGACAAGACUGACAACUCACUGGAUGGCUACGUCAUACAAGACGGAGCCGUCCCGCAAGUGCUAUCAACAUUUGUCAAAACCGUGCUUCGUACUCAUACAGUGUUUUCGUCAUCAAGAGCUCCGAUUCGUCAGAGAAUGGCAAACCUUCUUUCGAGAUGCAAGCAGAGAUUGCUACAUCCAUUCUCUAACGCAAAUAUUGCCCGAGAUGCCCAAGUAUUUCUGAUUAUGUCCCACGACAGCAGCCAGGCGGAAGCGCGACUGGAGGAUGAUAAACUAAUGUUUGAGUUCCUUGGAUCGGGUCGUAAUGAGAAACACGUCGAAAGGAUACUUGCGCCACUGAGGAAAGUAGUCGAAGAAGACGGCGGCACGUUGGUAUACAAUCCAUUGCGCAGACUAUGGGGCAAUCACCAAGUCACUGUUCAUCCUCUUGGCGGCGCGAGAAUGUCCAGGGACAACAGCGGCAAAAAUGGCGUCACAAACCACCUUGGCGAGGUGUUCGUUGGCCCAGGGUCUGAAACGCAUCCUGGUUUGAUUGUUGUGGAUGGCGCAGCUAUCCCUGCUGCGUUGGGGGUCAACCCAUGCGCCACCAUUGCUGCAUUGGCUGAGAGAUCUGUCGCUGAUUUUGCCAAAAGACAAUCGCUCGCCAUUUGUACCAAGUCAAAUGGCACUAUCGAUCUUCACAGGCCAGGCUCUGCGCACCAGCCCAACACGGAUCCGAUUAAACCCUGUACACAAGCCGCUAAAAGACCUCCCAGUACGCUAUGCUUUACAGAGCUUUUAGAAGGAGGUCUUUACAGCAGCCAAACGAUAAGUUUGGGCAACAGCGCGUCGUAUGAACGUGCAUACUCGAUGGCGAGGGCUCGUGGAGAGGUAGCUCGGCUGUUGGCGAGCAUCCGGCUUCAGCAAAACACCCAGACACACGCCAAAACUCGCUAUAGUGGUACAAUUUCCGGUACGCUGGUAUGUCCUUCCAUCCAGGGCUCGCCGUUCAUGGUUCAUAAUGGUACCGUGGAAUUGUUUCAGCCGGACCCGGAGAUAUCGGGGACGAGAAAGCUCGUAUACGACUGCCCCAUGACGGGUAUCAAUGGACGGGAACUGCACCUCCACGGACUCAAGGUUCUCAAUUCAGCCGUCUCAUUCAGACCCAGGCAACUGUGGCGGACAAUGACUACCCUGAAUGUGACCAUCGUCAAGAAGAGGGGCAAUGUAUCCAACGAUGACAGCGAGGACCAAACAAUUGCUGCUGGGAUGCUGAAAAUCAAGUUGGGAAAAUUCAUGAAGCAGCUAAGCACGAUUAUGGCUACGGGAGAACACCUACGGGAAAAAUCCAAGCAGGUACUUGGCCUGUCGCGGCAUUUCACACGCCAAAUGGCAUCACAAUUCUUCUUGCCACUAGUGCCAAUGCAAUACGCGGCUGCGAAGCCAUUGGGCGGUUUCACGAACCCGACGGAUCCCACGGCGACAUACAAGAUCGUGGCCGAGGAUGGUAUCGUCACGAAGCUACUUAUGUGGGAGCCGGACCCUCGCCAUGUUCCCAGAGACAUCUUUGGCAUCCUGGUACCGAUUGAGAAUCUAUUCAUGAUUCCCGGCGCCUCUGUCGAUCAUCAAAUUUUUGCUCUACCAACGAUAGCGACCAAUGCGGUGAAUUACUUUACAAGAGCAGGAUACCGAGUCUUCGUCAUUGUGCAUCGGGUUGGACGACUGGAUACCAUCGAUCGAGAUAGCAACUGGACAACGUACGAUGCUCGCCUCGAUAUCCGCGCCGGUUUCGAAAAGGUUCGUGAGAUUUGGGGCGCAGACAAAAUAUAUACAGUAGCUCAUUGCAUGGGCUCAGUCGCCUUUUCGUGCGGCUUGCUGGAUGGGACGAUACCCGCAGACUGGGUCCUCGGAAUCACCUGCAGCCAAGUCUUCAUGAACCCCGUCUGGAGCACGACAAACAUGGCAAAAGCCAAAUGCGCCAUACCCCUGGACAAGCUCUACGGCGCCGUCGCCGGGCCGUGGUUCAGCUGCCAAGCGUCGCCAGGCGGUAGCGACGGAUUCCGCCAGGGCCUGCUGAACCAAAUGUUCAGGCUCCUGCCUGAAGACGAGGGCGAGCGAUGCUCCAGCGCCAGCUGCCACCGCACGACGCUUCUCUUUGGCCGGUGCUGGAGCCAUGCGAACCUCAACGAGGAAACCCACCGCCACAUUGACAAGUUCUUUGGCGGGUCGAGCCUGACGCUCGUGCAUCUGCUCAUGCGCAUGGGCCGCCGCGGGCACGUCUCAACCAACGGGCCGGCGUUUGCGGAGUUGACGACGGAUGAGAACGUGGAGCGGCUGCGCGGCAUCCCGAUGUUUCUAUUUUCGGGCGGCGACAGCGACGUCCUCUCGCCGCAGGCCACGGAGAUGACGUACGAGCGGCUGUGCCGAAAGUUUGGCCUGUCGGCGGGCGGAGCGCGUCCCGGGCUGCAGUAUCGCAGAAGGGUCAUUCCGGGGUACGGGCAUCUUGACUGCUGGAUGGGACGCGAUGCUUGCAGAGAUGUGUAUCCCAUUGUUUUGGAUGAGAUUAAUCGGGUUGUGGGGAGGGUGCAGCAGUCGUAA